GUGAACCGCGGCCCAGUGAGGGUUCCGCAAUCUCAAGCCAAGCACGCUUCUGUUUGAUACUCUACAACUAUAUAUAUAUAUAUAUAUUAUAUCUCCGUCGAAUCAUCGGUUUGGUCUUCUUCGAUUAGGUUAUCCCAUCGUCAGUUAUUAAGGUUCUGUUUCAUUCUCAAGCUAAGUCAGAAAUUAGACUUUCUAGGGUUUGGGGUUCUUACUCAACUCACUAUAUCGGAGCAAUUUCACAUACCAGAAUGGGAGAGACUGGGAAACGAUCUCGCUCACACAGGGACCAUGAUGGGGAUAACAAGAACCAAAAGAAACGGGCAACUGGUAGAGAUGAAAAAGGUAACGAUGAAUUGAUAGUUUAUAGGAUACUAUGCCCAGAUGGGCUUAUUGGUAGUGUGAUUGGAAAGAGCGGAAAAGUGAUAAAUUCAAUAAGGCAAGAGUCGAGAGCCAAGAUCAGAGUGGUGGAUCCUUUUCCCGGUUCUAAAGAUAGGGUCAUUACUAUCUACUGCUAUGUUAAGGACAAGGAGGAAGUUGAGGUCGAUGAGGAAUUUGAUGAUAAGGGGCCUCUCUGCCCGGCUCAGGACGCUCUUCUGAAGGUGCAUGCAGCAAUUUCCAAUGCAGGUGCUUCUGUCGGGGAUUCUGACAAGAAGCGUAAAGAUAAGGAGGAGUGUCAAAUUCUUGUCCCAUCUAGCCAGUCGGCAAAUAUUAUUGGGAAGUCUGGGGCUACAAUAAAGAAAUUGAGAAGCAAGACAAGGACAAACAUUAAGGUUACUGCAAAGGAUGCAAGCGAUCCCACUCAUUCUUGUGCUAUGGAUUUUGACAAUUUUGUUCAGAUAUCGGGUGAUCCGGAAUCAGUGAAGAUGGCUUUGUUUGCAGUUUCUGCAAUUAUGUACAAGUUCACCCCAAAGGAAGUGAUUCCUCUAGAUACAACUGUACCAGAAGCCCCUCCGAGCAUCAUUAUUCCUUCUGAUGUUCCUAUUUAUCCUGGUGGUGGGCUUUAUCCAAGUGUUGAUCCUAUGGUCCCUUCUAGAUCUGUUCCUUCCAUCCUAGGUGCCACACAUGUACAGGAACUUCCAGGUUAUGCUGAUGCAGGGAGCACAUGGCCAAUUUAUUCAUCAGCACUGCCUGUGGUUUCUGGUUAUGGCGGUGCUUCCCGAUCAGAGGAGUUAAUUAUAAGAGUUUUGUGUCCCUUUGAUAAGAUUGGUCGUGUUAUUGGCAAGGGAGGGAGUUCAAUCAAAAGUGUAAGGCAAGCUAGCGGUGCUCGUGUCGAGGUUGAUGAUAAAAGGGAAGAUCGUGAUGAGUGUAUAAUUACUGUUAACUCAACAGAGUCUCUGGAUGACCUGAAGUCCAUGGCAGUUGAAGCUGUUCUAUUGCUACAAGGGAAGAUAAAUGACGAUGAUGAUGACACUGUAAACAUCCGUCUCCUUGUUCCAUCUAAAGUUAUUGGGUGUAUUAUUGGAAAAAGCGGUUCAAUCAUUAAUGAAAUCCGGAAGAGAACUAAAGCUGAUGUCCGCAUCUCCAAAGGCGAUAAGCCUAAGUGUGCUGAUGUCAAUGAUGAACUGGUUGAGGUGAUUGGAGAAGUUGGUAGUGUGAGGGAUGCACUUAUUCAGAUUGUUUUGAGGCUCCGUGAUGAUGUCUUAAAAGAUAGGGAAAGUGGUCGUAACCCUUCUGCAGGUGCUGAUUCUCUGUAUUCUGGUGCUAGUGGUCUUUCAUUACCUCCUGUUUUACCGAGUGUUCCCCCUGUUGCUCGAAUGGGAUAUGAGCAGAGGGCUGAAACUGGCAGUGGCCUGGGUAUGGUUUCUUCAGGCAGCCUCUAUGGAUAUGAAUCUUUAUCGAUGGGUGAGAACGACUAUGGAUCUCUGUCCUCAUAUUCGUCAAAGCUGUAUGGAGGAUUGCCUCCUCCCUCGUCUCUUGAGAUUGUGGUUCCUGCACAUGCUGUCGGUAAAGUAAUGGGUAAAGGUGGGGCAAAUAUUGCAAACAUCCGCAAGAUAUCUGGAGCAGCCAUAGAGAUCUCUGAUUCCAAAUCUUCCCGGGGUGAUCGAGUGGCUCUAAUAUCUGGCACACCUGAGCAGAAGCGUGCAGCUGAGAACUUGAUUCAGGCGUUUAUAAUGGCCACCUAAGUACGAUGCUGCUUCCUGGUGUUUGAAGGUGAACCUAGCUUAAACCUUGUGGCCCUCCUCAAAUGUUUCUCUCUAUAGUUCCGCUAGGUUUUGUCAUGGAGAGGGCUUCAUUAUCUAGGCUUCUUCUGCUGGACUCUUGUUUCUUCCCCAACAGUUUCUGUAAAGAUUAUGCUGGAAGACUCACUGCUAGCUCUAUUUUUCAGGGGAUAUAGGUUCUGUCAGUGUUGCUUAAUCUAUUCUUCCUCUGCGGUUGUCAUAGAACUUAAUAGGAUCUUUUCUUUCCUUUCGUAGUGUUUAUCGAUCCUUAUCCUGGGUUAGUGUGGUUUCCAUCUUAUUUCCAUUGUUACUAUGCUCUAUAAAUGAUUUCCUACCAGAGUUUUUUCAGUAA